GAAGUCCUGUCUAUCAUUCAAAGCCAAAAUGCAAACUUUUAUUCUUUUGAUGUUUUCUGGGGUUUUGCUCAAUGCCUUUUCUUGAUGGAUGUUUGGGGAUUAUUUACUAUAUUUCUUGAUGAGUUGUUGAUCAUGGGAAACUAAGAAACCUUUUUUUGAUGUCAUUUGGGUUUCGUUAUGUCGGUGAAAUUGGGUUUUGCCUUUUCGGGAAAAUACUUGUCCUUUUCGGGAAAAUACUUGUCCCUCGAGUGUGGAAAGAAAUUUCCGGAACAAAUCAAAAACUGCCCCUUAGGCCCUGUCUCCCAAGCUCCUCAGCCUCCUCCUCCCCUCCGCAGCCAGGGACUCUUCCGAGGCCAGCAGCAGCCCAACCGUAGCUUUCGGUGCAGCCCAGCAGCAGCUUCUCGUAGAGUAGUUAUGGAAUGUUCAAGCAACUCAAGAAAUGACAGUCUCAUAUGGAGUGAUGCUCAACUAGAAUAUCUUAUACAUCUUCUAGUUCAGCAAUCACGACUACCUAGCAUGAAGUCAGGCGGCAAUUUAAAGGGAAAAGCUUAUAAGGCAAUUGGACAAAAGAUGAUGGAAAAGUUUGGGCAAGAAUUCACAACAGAAAAAAUUAAGAACAAGUUGAAGAGCACAAAAGCCGACUACAAUAUAUGCAAGCAAAUUUUGGCAACAAGCGGGUUUGGUUGGGACCCAACAAACAAGUGUGUAGAUGUUGAUAAUGAAGUUUGGGCCGUCUACAUUCAGAAAUUCCCAGACAGGCGCAAAUUCAAAGGAGGACAAAACUGGAAACACUAUGAGGAGUUACAUGAAGUGUAUGGCGAGUCAACUGCCACAGGUCGUGGCAGUUAUAAUUGUACUCCACACAUGAUGACUGAAGACUCUGAGGCUGAUCCUGUACCUGAGACCCCUAUAACCCAUACCAAUGAUUUUGGGCUGAAUGUUGAUGAAAAUGUAUCAUUCACACAAAUGUUGAACAAUAAUUCUAUUAUACCAUCACCAGCACACAGUCAACAAAAUUCACAACCUACUGCAUCAGAAAGUAGGACCACCAAAUCAUCCAACAAAAGAGCAAGAUUAAGUACAAUUGAUGAGGACUAUCGAAUGCUAUUGCAUGACAUAGCCGAUAGUUUUCGAACAAUGACAAACACAUCUAGAGCACAAACAAACAACAAAUGUGCACUCAUAUUGCGUGAAAUGCUCAACUCGAGAGAGAUUGAUAGGAGCUUGCACAUAAGAGCCCUAACACUAAUGGAGCAUGGAAAUAAGCCGCUCACCUUCCUCAACCUUAAGCCCGAUGAACGGGUGCCUUGGUUGCUUCAAAAUAUCAAUCAUCAAUAUGUUGCAGUCACGUUGUCAGAUGAGGAAAGAGAAAAUGCUAUGAUGAAAGUGGUGUUUGAAGACUGUGAGACUAAUCCUGUACCUACGACCCCUAUAACCCAUACCAAUGAUUUUGGGCUGAAUGUUGAUGAAAAUGUAUCCUUCACACAAAUGUUGAACAAUAAUUCUACUAUACCAUCAUCAGCACACGGUCAACAAGAUCCAGAACCUACUGCAUCAGAAAAUAGGACCACCAAGUCAUCCAACAAAAGAGCAAGAUUAAGUACAAUUGAUGAAGACUAUCAAAUGCUAUUGCAUGACAUAGCCGAUAGUUUUCGAACAAUGGCAAACACAUCUAAAGCACAAACGAUCAACAAAUGUGUAAUCAUAUUGUAUGAAAUGCUCGACUCGGGAGAGAUUGAUAGGAGCUUGCACAUAAGAGCCCUGACACUAAUGGCACAUGGAGACAAGCCGCUCACCUUCCUCAACCUUCAGCCCGAUGAACGUGUGCCUUGGUUGCUUGAAAAUAUCAAUCAUCAAUAUGUUGCAGUCACGUUGUCAGAUGAGGAAAGAGAAAAUGAGGAAAGAGAACAUGCUAUGAUGAAAGUGGUGUUUGUCUUCGUCAUCAUAUUUUUUAGAUACCUUUAUCGACGUAGGCGAAUUGUUCACCCAUAUUGUAAUCAAGGAUGAAGCCCCGACGUAAGUAUUAUGUCGUGUUCGAGGGUCGUUCAAGGGGCAUAUUUAACUGUUGGGAAGAAUGUCACCCACAAGUCAAUCGAUAUCCAGGAGCAGUAUAUAGGUCAUUCAACACACUUAUGGAAGCAAAAACACAUUUGAACACCUACCUGAAAAAAUACAAUCAACAAAUUUUGGAUGACAUGUGUGUCAACACACUUGAAGAAAAAGAUAAUUAGUUGAAGGUUGACAUGAAGACAGCUGGACAGUCAAUUACCAGUUUGAAAUCUGUUCCUGUGGUAUUCAUUGUGACUUUGUUAAUUUUGUUUCUGUUGUGGUGGAUCUGUAUCUGACUCACUAAGUAUGUAGCGGCUUCUAUGCAUACUGUAAUGCAUUAGUUGGCUAUGUAUUUAACUUAUAUGCUUUGA